CGAUCAACGAUCCCUCCCGCCGGUGACAGAACUGCACAUGUGUGAUGAUCCUAACGUUAAACAACUUUGAGGCUCAAGCUUAAGCUCAAAGCUCAUGCUUACCUGCGUCGUACCUAGCCGGCUACCUCACCAUUAACGGGUCCACGUCGCACGUGCAUCUAAGUGCGUAGGAAUUUCAAGGUACAAUUAAAAAAAAAAAGAGGACAAGUGCAAAUUAGGGGAGAACAAAGCCUACAUAGUACCUAUUCUUACAUCCCUUAACCAACAUCUUACCUCCUAUCCCCUACUUACCUUACCUACCAACCAACUUCGAUGUGCAACGAGAUGAACCAGCCCCUACUUCGAAGACUCGGAUGAUGCAGGGAAAGCAAGAAAUCAACGGCAUCAUCCAGCAACGCGGGACGCGCCUCGCCUAAGGUGCUUUCGUUAUGGCACUCCUAAACCCGACCUUCAUAUUCGGCCUCCUCCUCCUCCUAUACCUAUCGUCCUUCGUUCUCUUUGCCGCGCUUCGCAUAUUAACCGGCAUAUCCAUACAACGAGUUGGAUACUUCUCCCUGCGACGACUAGCCUAUACCCCUAAAGAUGGCAUCAAGAUCCAGAUUCGUGGCCUCGGCCUUAACCUCCACCGCCCAACUUUCUCUCAACCAACUUGGCUUAGCAUUGUCGUGAGCGAAUUGGUUGUGACGGCGGACAUCAAACAGCUUGAGGGCCGCAAAAAAUCAGGAGUUGACUCCAGUGGAAGUGAGAGUGAAGAUGAGGGAGAUAAGGGACUACAAGAUGACAAGACCAAGACUCCACCUAAGCAUUCCAAGCGGACUACUCCGAAGGACACUCGCAGUGCUACUUGGAAACAGCUCACAAAGCUAAAAGAACGCAUAAAGAAGCUUCACCGAAAUGUCGAUUGGCUUCGCAUGGUGGAUAUGGUGGCCACCGACUCAGCGGUUCACAUUGUGGAUGUUGGUAAGGUGCAGUUCGGUAGCUUCACCAUGGCCCUGGAUACACGUAAUCGUAUGGUCGAUCGCGCACGCUUUUUCUUCCAGACCAGAUCCGACAAACUCCGGCAACAACAGUCCGCUGAAUGGAUUGUUACAUUGCGAAGUGUCCUGUUCACGGCUAAGGGAGGUGAGGCUAUAGAGAUAUUGGAUAGUGCCACCCUCAACAUCCAUGGAUUCCUAUACGAUGAUCUCGACGGGCUUCGAGAUGCUGCCAUUGCUCUGAAACUUGGGAGAGUCCAUAUUCCUUACGACGAUAUGAUAAGCUGCAUGGAGCGUUUCCAGAAAUCCAGGGGUCCAUACCAGGCAACCUACAAGCAGGUUGAGUCACUGGAAGUGGCAGUCGACAAGGUCAUCCAAGAGAUCAGCACGCCUGGCAGUACCGAUCAAGAGUUAAUGCAGACGGUAUCCGAUUCGAAAGAGUUUGUGAGCUCUAUACUUCGAGGAAUCAAGGAAGUUCAAUUUGCAGUAAGCUUUGUUAGCUUUACCAAGGAGAUAACUGGCGUGAAAUCAUCAGGACUGCCUUUACUUCUGAAUGCCUCUAUGAAGGAGGUCGGUAUCGACUUGCAUCGGUUAGAUCCUAAGUCUCCAGCUCAUCGAAUGUACUUUCCCUCAAAGGAUAUUGCACAUGAAGCUCUGGCUGUUGCGCUCUCAAUCUCCGUCGGAUUUGACGAUGGCAAUGGAAAGCCAGAAAGGGUGAUAUAUGUUCCCAUGGCCACCACAACGGUGAAAACUACUCUGCCCUCGAAAACCGUAGAGCUCUCUGAUGUGGGAAGCGCUGAAGAGAGGAAUGCGAACAUCCUCUUCGCCAAUUCUGUUGUUACUUCACCUUCUAUUGAUCUAGAUCCAAAACAUAUUCCAGUGCUUCUUGCUCUCCUUCGGCGCCAGCCCAAAGCACCAAAGGCUCGCGUACAACAGAGACACAGGCUUAUUUCUCGCCUGCUGCCAAAAGCCAACAUCAAGUUUUCUAUGCACGAACCAGUCCUAAGGAUAUCGCUUCCUCCAGUCGAAAAGACCGACGACCCAGACGAAUUCGACUUAAUAAUUUCUUCGAUCUCCUCUAUUUCUCUAGAUCUUGAAUCCUUCCAUUCGGCAGUAGAAGACAUGCAUUACUCCUUAGCGUCGUCUAUGCGAGUUCAGACGCACCACCUCUAUUAUCAGACAACCCAAGGCAAUCGCUUUGACUUGAUUGAAACGGAAUCCUUUGACUUAAAGAUCCAACUCUCGGCGACUCCUGACGUCCAUGUAAUUGCCACCGGCCAUUUGCAGACUUUUGCCAUUCGUAUGACUCGUCCUGAAAUCACGAAUGGUCUACGUCAGAUAUUUCGCCAGUUGAAGCUGGAUACCAAGCCGGACAAGCAGGCAAGAUUUAGGACACAAAAGUCGCCAAAUGCCGUUCGCGCCUUGCCGCAGUGGCUGCUUCAUUUCACAGUGCAGGUUGAGGACUUCAGUGCCGAGGUGACUGGAAGCGACGAUGACUUCCCAGGGCUUACCCGAGGCAUAGUGUUACAGAUGGAUUCGUGGUCGGCUGAGUAUCGUGCUCAAAGAUUAGACACUGUUAAGAACCGGCCAAUGUCCAGGAGACGAACAGUGAGUCGGUCAUUCCUCCCCGAUCCGGAAUUUCUGAGCUCCCUUUCUAUGCCGCCGUCCCCACGGAAAAAGCAGCAGAGCGACGGCGAUGGGCGGAAACUUACGGUUCACACACGUGGUCUGGAAGUUUUCAUAAUUGAAGCGCCAGAGAAAUGGGAAGUAGAGCCGUUUAUUCAGAUGCCUCGAUUUGAAAUAGCUCUAUCAACGCAUAGUGAUGCUCAAGGACCGAUUCUCCACGUUCAUUCUCAUAUGAAAACCCUCCUUCUCCGCUACUCGCUCUUCCGCCAUUAUUCAGUGGGUGUUGCCAUCAUGGUUUUACAAAAGGCGUUCACGAGAGGACCGGAAUCGCAAACGGAAUCGCAACGUCCAGAACCAGCAAGCCCAAGGACAGGCUACUUAAGCCCGCCCAUGGUAUCGCCAGAUUCGCCAAUCGCUAACCAGAUGGACGGUUUUCAUCGGAUUUCGAAGGAGCUCGUUACGUUUGACAUCAAGGCUGCUCUGAUUCAGGUCAAGGCCGAAAUGCCUGAUGAUCCGCCUUUGAUGCUGCAGAUCUACGGCGUGGAGGCUGGUCGGCAGAGGUGGUCGUCCCCAUUCUUCUUCUCGAAGUUAAUACGUCUGUAUGCUGGCGCACCUCGAAUGCGGGGAGUUUGGGCGCGUAUUGCAAGUAUCAAGACUAUUCGUUUAGAUUAUCGCGAGUCACGCAGAAAGAUGUCAUCAGGAGGUUUCCAUGAUGAUAAAAUGUUUGACGUAGUGACUGAUGCUAUACGACUAGCAGUUCCUCACGAACUGAUUAUUAGUGAGAUAUCUGACAACAUCAUCAAUGUUAUCAAAGCAAGCGAGCAACUUCACCACCGUUUCAAAACUGGCACAAAUGAGUACAUACUAGAAAAGCCACCGGAGGGCCCCAAGAACGUCCCAAAGAUCUCUUUUAGGACCCGUACUCUCUUGUUUGAGCUUGAAGAUGGUGCCUUCGAAUGGAAACUGGGGGUUAUCUACAGAGCUGGACGGGUAGAGCAGCUGCAGCGCCUCGCACGCGAAGAAGCUUUCCGGGUCAAGGCGAAGAAAAUACACGAAGAAGAAACAAGAAAAGAUUCGCAUCGGCUUCGCAAUCGAUCGGCGAUGCCUAGAGGCAGGACCGGUGCUCCGAACACAUCCUUCGCGCGUAGCAAGAGUGAGGAUGGCCUCUCCAAAAUAGGCCGUAGUCAACGGUCUCAUAGCGAAUCCCAGAACCCUCGGUAUGAUCCAGAAGCAAUACCUAGUAUGAGUGGGCGGGCACACGUGUCCAUUCAAGAAGCCAGGGUCAAGCUUCACGAGCACAACGCUCAAAGCUGGAAAAAGCGCAUUAAUCAUCACUAUGUAAUGGCAAGGAACGGCAUGAAGGAACUCCGCGGCCUAUUCUGGGGCCCGGAUCAGCUCCCCGACGAUCUUGAGGACAACGAGAAAAUCCUCGAAGUGCCCCAGCGACCAGCAUUGAUGGGUGCAGUCAUAACUGAUUUGCAUGUAGUGAUUGAUAAGCCAUCAUUCCCGAUGCAAAAGCUACCGGAUUUCCUGCAUAGUGUCGGGAAAGGGAUGCCAAGGGAUAUGAAGUAUUCCCUUUUAAUACCCAUGAAUGUCCAGGUCAGUAUGGGCGAAUUACGAGUGAGCCUCAGGGAUUACCCUCUCCCUCUACUCCAUGUCCCUGCCAUAAAGCCCGGCCAGUCGACGAAGCUUGCAGCCUUGUCCCUCAAAACGGACUUUGUCAUUGCAGAAGAGUACCGGGACAGCUCGUCAAGCCGUAGGAUCAAAGUGCAAAUCACCCCCCCUGGCAAUGCAGAGCCGGGAGUUCCGAAUGGAGGCUUCGCGAUUGAUGUCCGUCGCACCAUCGGACCCGUCAAAUCCUUCUCGGACAUAUACGCCGACAUCAAUACUGCAUAUCCCACCCGGAUCACUUGGGGCCCUUCAUAUCAGCCAGCUAUCCAGGAUAUGAUGAUGGCCAUCGAGUCAUUCACGAAACCACCGUUGGAUCUUUCCGAGCGUGUAGGGUUUUGGGAUAAGAUCAGACUCAGCUUCCAUUCCCGCCUUCGAGUAGCAUGGAAAGGGGAUGGUGAUGUGCAUCUAGCUCUUAAGGGCUCGAGAGAUCCGUAUAGUGUCACGGGCGAAGGUGCUGGUUUCUUGCUAUGCUGGCGAAACAAUGUGAACUGGAACAUCCACACCGUAGAUGACCCGAAGAAGUUCAUGAUGGUGAACAGCGACGAAUUUGUCCUCGCAGUACCAGAUUAUAGCCACCAGGUCAGAGAGGCAUCGCGCCAGGUUGGAGAUGAUGAGAGCAUGACAAGCGAAAACAGUUUCAAAUCCGGCUCUUCGUUCAAGAAGGUGGUCAUGAAACUAUCUGGAAAUGUCCAUUGGAUGGCUGGGCUUGUCUUCGAAAAGGCCAUUGAAGAUGGGAAGCGAAAUUACCAGUUUAAGCCACAUCACGAGGUCAUUAUGAAGUCCCCUGAGUACAGCGAGGUGGGCGAUGAUGGCCUCCCGUAUGAUGCUUUCCGAGGCUUUAGGAGUGAACAUAUACAUCUUUCCAUCGCAGUAAGAGCACCGGCUGAUCGAGAUUGGGCUUCAUCUGAAGUUCAGUCAUCGAAAAGCUAUAACACUGUGCAUCUAACUCCGCGGUUCUUCACCCAUUUCUUUGCCUGGUGGUCUCUUUUCAGUGGCCCGAUGUCACUUCCUGUUCGUCAAGGGUCUUUGUGGCCUGGAAGAGAAAAGACCAGCAAAAAGUUUGGAAGACAUCUCGGUACGAUCAAGUACGACCUUCUCUUGGCUCCGUUGUUCCUUAGUCAUAUAUACAAGCAUAAAGAUGUCGAAGACUAUUCCGAGACCUCUGUAUCGGCUACAGGCAUUAAAGUUCGAUUCGACAGCUUCAUGCUCGACAUCCACCAACGCCGGGAGGAGUUCAACACCCGGGAUCAGGGUCGCAAAACGAACGGCAGAACAACCGGCAUGAAGAUGAACGCAGCUCAGCUCGAUCUAGUAUCCGCAGAUGUCCGUGCCGUUUCUGCUAGUAUGAAGGGAACGACAACUGAGGCCAUCAAGAAGAAUUCAGUUUCAACUCUAAUCACGCAACAAGAGGACGACGGUACCGACCUUUCUCAUUUCACCAUUCCCGACAACGAUUUCAGUUGGGUCGACAUGGACGAUUUUGUUGAGCUUGAUUGGAUCCUGCCCUCGGAACCUAACCCAGACACAAAGAUCUUGCCUUUAGUCUUCGCCCCCCGUGUUACCUACUUCAGACAGACCGACAUUGAAGGUAUCAUAGAUGGUGACCCAGAUCGCACGAGUCCAUUUGGCGACGAACCCACACAUCUUUGUAUAAUGAGCCAAGAUGAUGAUCCUAGGAGGGUUCAAGCUCAGCUCAUUCAGUCUCGGUUGGACCAAUUACGCACUCAGAUUACCGCCAAUACACGGAAUCUAGGGGAUGCUGAACUACGCGUGGUUCGGGAUAAUGGCAACGAUCCAGAUCUGAAGUCGGACUUUGAAAUGCUUAGCAAACAUGCUACCGUCUUGGAAGAGAAACGAUCGUUUAUGGAAGACAUGCUGCAACAAAUGGCUAUCAACGCAUCCAAUAAUGAUCAAGACGGUCCAGGAGGCUACGAAGCUACGAGCAAUGAAUCUCAAGAAUGGACGGACAUUGGGGACGGAAAGAUCAGAGUACCAGCAGGGGCAGAAUUCGCAAGUGACUUCAAAAACAGAUUUGUUAUCCACAAUAUGCAGCUGAAAUGGAACAACCUGCUGCGAAAUAUCAUCCUCCGAUAUAGCCACCAAGUGAGCCAACGCCGCGGUUUUGUCUACUACUUAUCUCGGCCGGCCGUUAAAUUCAUCCUGGACAUCGUCGAAGAACAAACCAGGGCCAAACAAAAUAGCAAGCCUGCCAGCACAGCACCUAACGACACACAAGCGCCUUCAUCUACGGCCAGCGGUGGGCAGGCCGGUGAUACUGAUCCAGAUAUUGAAUAUCGCAUCAAACAGAUUUUAAGAGAUGGCAGAAAAUAUGUUGAUGCCGAUGGAUAUUCAGUGUCUGAAGGACCCGUCAAUACGAACAUGGAAGAUAUUACUAGCGGCAUUGCUGAAGAAUUCGCUCCUCAGAAUUCAUACCACGUCCGUUUGAUCGCACCGCAGAUACAACUUCAAAGCGAGAAGAACAAGAAACACGUGGUGCUGAUCACAGCCAAAGGAAUGGACCUCAAAGUGGUCGAGGUUAUGGAGAAGGCCAGACUGUUUGAUCAGGUCAGCGGAUUGGUCCAACGACGAUUUUUGCUUAGGAUGGAUAGUGCACAGUUCUUCGUGACACACCAAAAAUGGUUCUCUGGCCAACUUCUAACCAUGUACUCGGGUAACACGUAUGGUACACCUGCCGGUUCGUCGUGGCCUCCCUGGGUACCCAUGGAAGUCAUGUACGAUUUCCAAUCCGACCCUUUCGGGUUCAAGAGAGUUGUGCAGAAGACAUCGGCUAUGCUGAGAUUCGACAAGUUCAAUACUCUCAGAUUGAAGUAUAACGAUGAGGUCAACAGCGAAUCUAAUCCCCUCGCAGCAGAGAGCACCGAAAGCAGGAUGGACAACCUCUGGGUAGAGUUUCCUCAGGCUAGGGCUCUCUGCAAUUCAUCGCAAUACUACGCCGUAUACGUCAUUGUGCUCGACUUGCUCAUGUAUAGCGAGCCUCUGGAGAAGACGAGAAAUGAGAGGUUGGAGAAGAUCAUACUGGCGUCAGACUUCAGCGACCUCCGAGGGACACCAGAAAUGGUUACCAAGUUACAAGAGCGCAUUCGGCAACUAGAAGAUAUCAAGGCGCACUUCCAGGUUCAUUCGAAAUAUCUUGACAGGAAGGGAUGGCAAGAUAGACUACUCCUAGAACGUGACCUCGCUGCCUGUGAGGAUGAGUUGUUCUUUAUGAUGAAAGCCAUCACCACCUCGCAACGAAAGUUCGACAACGCAUCGCAGAGCAACGCCUUGCUGAGAUGGACUAUUUCGGCAAAGGAAAUUGUCUGGCAUCUCAUUCGAGAUAAUAACGAACCCCUGGUUGAAUUGCAAUUGAGAGACGUAGAGUACGACCGGACCGAUAACUCGGACGGUUCGCAUGUCAAUUUAAUGCAAGUCGGCAAAGUGUUGGGCUUAAAUCUCAUGCCCGAUGCGAUCUAUCCAGAAAUGGUUGCGCCCUACUAUGAAGACGAAAAGGCAGCCCUAGCCAGCUUAGAUGGGAUUCAAAUGGUUCGUGUCUACUGGCACAUGCUGGAGGCCAUUGCAGGUAUACCUGUGAUGGACCACUUCGAAGUCAACUUGUUUCCUCUCAAGAUCCAACUAGAGCACGAGGUGGGGAAGAAGCUCUUUGAAUAUAUAUUCCCUGAAAUGGAUGAGGAUCAGGCCGACGACGAGACUGAUUCACCCCUCAUUUUCAAAUCAACCUUCCUUGGUGAUGCGGAGGACGAAAAUAUACCAGAUGAAGCUACGCCUAACUCUAGUAGACUUGGUGCUUCGCUCUCUGAAGAGCCUUCAUUUUCCACGCGGGCAGGGUCUUUGGACCUUCGACUACGGCCGACCAUGACCUUGGAUCCACGCCAGUCUGAUGAAGGCGACCAGAAGCUCAAGGCAGCUAGUGUUCAUUCGGGUGACGGUGGCAGUGUGUUCCGCCUUUUCGGUCAAAAGACGCUGAGCAAGAAGCCAUCACAUGAAUCUCUCCAGUCCAGCAAUCCUCCGCAACAGAAGGCGGUAAUCGGCCGAGCGGCGACGAUUGCUUCAGUCAGCGGCGAGAAUAAGAAGGGUGGUCGGUUCGGACUCUCCCGAAAAGCUGCUAAUUCCGAGGACAAACCAUCGGAUGAUCUCACAAAGAUGAUGGCGCGCGCCUCCAGUUACAUGACAUUUGCGUAUAUCAAGAUGCCAUCAGUUGUUCUAUGCCUCAGCUACAAGGGCAAAGGCGAACGAAAUCUGGAAGAUGUACACGACUUUGUUUUCCGGCUGCCUAUAAUCGAAUACCGCAACAAGACCUGGUCCAAUCUCGACCUCGCCCUAGCUCUGAAAUCUCGUGUGAUCAAGGCUCUGAUCUCUCAUACCGGCGCCAUUAUUGGAAACAAGUUCAGCAAGCAUCGACCCAAUAUAGCACAACAAAGCAAGUUGAGGGAGCUUGCUACUAGCAACGUCCUACUUGCAACACCGUCUAUACCUAACAGCGGCGAAAAUAGUGAUGAUUCGUCAAGCUUGCAUGGAACUAGCCCGGCUGAUUAUUCGCAAUCACCGCCGAGAAGCAUAACAAGCGCCCAUUCGAACAUCCCGGGGCCGCAGCGAUCGAACAGUCGAAGCUCUAGUGUCACUUCAUCGCGCUCAUAUAGUCGCUCUCUUUAUAGCAACACGGACAAUAAUAGCCGCACUGCACCACCUUUGCCCUCAUUUGUCAAGAUGAGGCCACCAACCCCGACAGAACGAACGAACACUGGUCUAGGGAUUGACUUUCCGCCUCGGCCAAGUACCAGCGCGAGUAUGAGCCUAAGUCCAUUCCAAACAUUGACGAAAAGCGUCACCACAGUCAAUGACAAGGAUAAACAGAAGUCGGGCAACUCCGGAUUCUUCAAGGGAAAGUUAAACGCCUUUACAAACCGGCUAAAGGAUCGAGAUAACAGUAACGCCAAGAACACCCACGAGGACGAGCCCGAGCCCGAGCCCGAGCCCGAGGGGGCGGAAGAGUACGAAAGCGAAGGAGACAAAUGAAAAGACCAAGUUGAAUGGAAGGAGAUCCUUUUGACAACAUAAUCAAGCUUCGUCGAGAAUAUUCGAAUAAUAAUCAAUGAUACCCCCCAAGAGUUAGAAGGACCCAAUAGGUGGUUUUUAUAAGUUGGACGAGGUGGACAUGUAUAAAUAAUUGGAUUCCAACCCCCACAAAGAAACAAAGAACCCCUGGCUGUUUGCUCGAGCUUGGGUACCUCUUGCUGGUCACGAUCGCCUUGCACUUUCGAAUUCGCUACGAGCAGUCCACUAUAUACUGUCUUCUUUUUAUUCCAUUCGAAGUCGGAGACGGGUGGACAGACGAUGCUACACUAUAUAAACCAGUAGCAAACCCCUCGAGACUAGCAGAGUCAAGCCAGAGACACACAGACAGACCUAGUUGGCGAAUCCUAAUCUGUACGUACCUAGGUAACGCAUGGUUCACUAUGUACAAUACCUAUAUGUCGAUAUAUGCGAAGACCUGGCCAACUCUUUACCAUGAUUGGUUUGUUGGUUGGUUAACCAGGCAAGCGGGUAGGCUAGGAGUCAGGUAGAAGGAAUGGAAAGGAGAAAAAAGGAUGGGAUUAGAAAGGAAGAAGAAAGAAAGAAAAAGAAGAAACAUUUGCAUCGGUGGAAACUGAAAAAC